GCGGGCGGCGGUGCCGCACUCGCUCUGCGCGGCUCCCCGAGAGCGCUUUUGUUGUAAAGGGGAGGGCGCCGCGGCGGGGACGCGCACCCGCUGCUCUGACAGGAGACAGCGCGGUCGCCUCCCUCUCUCCUUCCCUCCCUGGCAGCCAGCCUCCCGCCGGCUGCAUGUAGGGCUGCGGCGGGGACACGGAGCUGGGAAGACAACGACCGAGCGGAGCCGCGCCGCGCCGACCGGAGCCGAGCCGGGCCCGGCGGAACCCAGCGCGGCGCCGCCCGUGCCCCUGCGGGAGGAGGUCGCCAUGGAAGUCAGCGCGGGGGGUGUGAUAGCUUACAUCAGCUCUUCGAGCUCGGCAUCUAGCCCAGCCUCAUGUCACAGCGAGAGCUCAGACAGCGGUUUCCAGUCGUCCUCUUCGCCUGUUCCAUCUCCUCCAAACAGCUCCUCCUCGGAAAGCGGAUGCAAUGGCCGGAGCAGUGAAGGCUCUGACGGGGCGCCGAAGAGCGAUCGGCUGGAGGAGACUAUUAAAACAAACCAGUCGAGUGUUGCUGGUUUGACAAAAGGCCAUAAUGGAGUCACAAAAUUUAAUGGCAUGGUUCUUCUUUGCAAAGUCUGUGGAGAUGUCGCUUCAGGAUUUCAUUAUGGUGUUCAUGCCUGUGAGGGCUGCAAGGGUUUUUUCAGAAGAAGCAUUCAGCAAAACAUCCAGUAUAAGAAGUGCUUGAAGAAUAACAACUGUUCUAUAAUGAGAAUGAAUAGGAACAGAUGCCAGCAGUGUCGUUUCAAAAAAUGCCUGUCUGUUGGGAUGUCGAGAGAUGCUGUUCGAUUUGGCCGUAUUCCCAAACGUGAGAAACAGAGGAUGUUGAUUGAAAUGCAGAGUGCCAUGAAAACCAUGAUGAACAGUCAGUUCAAUGGUCACUUGCCCAACGAAGCACUGGCAGAACAUCAAGACCAAGCACCUCAAGAAGAUCUUUCCUCCAAGCCCAAACAAGAGCGAGAAACCAUCAAAAGCCCUUCUCCCCCUCCUGGUGCUGACAUGGCUAAGGAGGAGGUGAUUGGUAUGGUCACCAGGGCCCACAAAGACACUUUCAUGUACAACCAAGAACAGUCCCAAAACCCAGCAGAGAUGAUGCAGCCCCAGAGUGGGGAGAGAGUGUCCAAGAGCACUGAGCAGUACAUCUUGAGCAGCGAGCACUGUGUUGGUGGCCUCAGUGGCCCUCAGUACCCUGACAGGGAGCAGCACCUUGGUGGACAGUACAAAGGGAGAAGCACAGUGCAUUAUCCAAGUGGGCACCCUGUGUGCUUCACAAACAGCCACUGCAUGAACUUCACCAGUGGUUACACUCAGCGAAUGUGUGAGAGGAUCCCAGAAGAUGGCUUUUCUCCAAACAAGAAUGCCGCUUACUCUUGCAGCACUGGAGGAAGAAUGCAUCUGGUCUGCCCAAUGAGUAAGACUCCCCACGUGGACCCAAACAAGUCUGGCCAUGAAAUCUGGGAAGAGUUUUCCAUGAGUUUUACUCCUGCAGUAAAGGAAGUGGUGGAGUUCGCCAAGCGCAUCCCAGGUUUCCGAGACCUCUCCCAGCAUGACCAGGUCAAUCUUCUGAAGGCUGGGACCUUUGAGGUUUUAAUGGUACGAUUUGCAUCUUUGUUUGAUGCAAAGGAACGUACUGUCACCUUCCUGAGUGGCAAGAAGUACAGUGUGGAUGACUUGCACUCAAUGGGAGCUGGUGAUCUGCUCAACUCAAUGUUUGAAUUUAGUGAGAAACUGAAUGCCCUGCAACUUAGCGAUGAGGAAAUGAGUUUGUUUACAGCGGUUGUCCUGGUAUCUGCUGAUCGCUCCGGAAUAGAAAAUGUCAAUUCUGUGGAGGCACUUCAGGAAACACUAAUCCGUGCAUUAAGGACCUUAAUUAUGAAAAACCACCCAAACGAAGCCUCUAUUUUCACAAAACUUCUUUUGAAAUUACCCGACUUGCGUUCCUUAAACAACAUGCACUCUGAAGAACUGCUGGCCUUUAAAGUUCACCCUUAGGCCUUUAGGUCUCAUUCGUACUUGGACUUGCCUCGUGUUAAACUGUUUUGUGCUAAAGUAUGUAUUUAUACAGUUGUACCACUUGUUGGAGAGAGUUCACAGACUGUGAACAGUUGAUAGCUGUCCCAUAACCAUGCAAUAAAGCUUUGGCAGGUGCUUUCAGCUGAUGGCGGCGCAGCCUUCGGAAUCCUCCGCAGCAUCCAGGCCCAGCUGUGCCCACUGCUGCAGAAGAGGCUGCGAUGAGCCCGAGUGAAUAUGGACUCUCCUUUCAUUUAGGAAAAAGAACCACCACUGCCCUCUCACCUAAACUGAAUGCAGAGUAGCUGUGUAUGUGCUUAUGGAGCAUGGAAUGGGGUGGGAACAAUCCUGUGCUAAUAGGAAAAUGGAAGAGCUGAUUUAAUUGGUCUUUCACUUAUCUAAUAGAUGUAUGUCUGUGUCUCUUGAUAACUCACUCAUGGUUUCACUGUUGUUAUUCCAUUAAACCCGAUGGAAUGGUUUCAGCCUGCACCAACUCUUCACUGAGUGUGUGUUCAUGCCAUGUGUAUAUAAUAUAAAUAGUUAAGUAGUGAGUGUUUAUGGCUAUAUAAAGUACAGAGUUGUGUGUAUAUAUGUGUAUGUAUAUAAAUAGUUCUAUACAUAAAGUAUACAUAUAAUUUCUUCACAAUAUUUUAAACUGUGAAGGAAUUUAAACUUAAAACAGAAGGUGAUCUAUGGAAAGAACCAAAUAGAUGCACUUUGCAUAUUGCUGAACUAAUUAUCUGAGCAUUUUUUAGAAAACAUCAAAUUUGCAUUAAUAUGCUGUGUUUGUUAAUUUAAAAAAAAAAAACCAACCAAAAAAAAAAAAAAAAAAAAAAAAACCAACAACCAAGAGUGGCACUAAAGAGGCAGAGUCAGAUUCAACUUCCAGAAGGGUUUUGUAGAGAAUCUCAAGCGGAGAUGGUUGGUUGUGGCACUGAUGAGAUGGAUUGUCCAUUGCCACUGAGGUUCUUGUGUUCUGAUAAAGGUUAAAUAAGCACCAGAUGCUCUUCAAAAACUUCAGCACAGCCGGAAAGAAACUGUCAGAUUAAUAACAACAUCUGUCAGAAAAAGAAAAAAUGGGAAAAAUGUAUCCAUGGUUGCAUUCGGGUGUAUGUGUGUUCUGUGACUGUUUAUUUCUUGCAAUACAUCAUUUUGCUGCUUCAUUGCUAAAUGAGAAUUGAAAACAGAAAUGUGAGAUUCCCCUUGUCUUUUCUCCAUUUGGGCUUUGUGGUUCCCAUGCCUGUUCUUCUGGAGCUCUCCAUUGGUGUGUGUGCAUGUGAGCGUGUGUGAUGUGCAGAGAAGGUGCAUUAGAUGGUCUGGAUUUUUUUUUUUUUUUUCCUUAAAAAAACACCACAAAAACCAACCAAAUAAAUGGGACUUUUUUGUUGUUUAUGCCAGUAGCAAAUUACAGGGCAGAUCCACAAGGCAUAAGAUUCUGCUGCUUUUCCAUCUAGGAAAGCAGCUCUCUGUGGGGUUUUUUUCCAUUUGUAGCAGGACCUGGCACCAGAAAAGAGAUAUUAAAAGAAGUCAGAGCAGUUGUGUUAAUUAGUUACAUUUAUGUUUUGCUAAUGUGGGAAGAAGAUGCUCCAUCACCCCUGUUCAGUUCACUUGCCUUAGAGGUAGCCCUCAGGGUCUCUAGUGUUUGGCUACUCAUGGGAGGGAGUCUGCUCCUGGUAGUCAGGGCCAGCACGGAGGGAGCCUCCUGCCUGUGCUGGAGCUGCAGCAGAAGCAGAUCCGUGCCUGCUGCUCAGCAUCUGGGAUGGGAAGAGGGAGGGCUCACACCCUGCCAUGCUCCCCAGCCUUUGGGCUGGGGAUUCCACCUCAGACAGGAGGAAGGGGCUGAGGGCAGGUGGGGCAAGUGCUCGGUAAGAGGUGGGGAGAAUUCAGCUGUAGCCUUGGCUGAGGAGCAGAAGAGCCCACCCUUUCCCCAGGCAGGGCUGUCCUGCUUCAAGCUGCUUUAACCACUGGGUAAUGGCCCUUUCAUGCAUACAGUUUUGCUACCCAAAUGUUCUACCAGGGCAUAUUGUCCUAAUUUCUGUUAACAGUCUACCAGUAUUAUUUUUUUGAGAGCUUCACUGAAUUUCGCAUCGAACCAUUCAGACUUUAGAGAGGACACAGUCACACGGUUUGUGUUGUUUAGUUGCUGAAAUGACUUCUUUGUAGACCCCAUUUCAAACGUGGAAAGUACAGUUAGCCCUUCGUUGUUUUGGGAUGGAAGAAGGUUUCUUACAGAGAUUGCCACCCUACAGCUGUGUUUUGUUGUGUUUUGUUUAAUUUUUUUUUUCUUCUUAAAACUGUAUUAUUAAGCCUUUAGGAAUGUAUAACCAGGACUGAGUAAUUACUGCUUAUUAAAUUUUUUUAGUUAGAUUGACCAUGUAUGCCUAUAGAUAGAUAUUCUAACUUGUGCAAUUUCAUUUGAAAUAAUCUUCCUGUACAUAAUGGAAAAACUCACAUAACAGAAAAAAAAAAAAGCCCCAAACAGAUUGACUGAACAAAAAGCUGAUUAAAGUAUGGUUCAAAAAUGACCCAUGUAUUACAAACCCUAGCUGGAUUCUUAGAAGAAAAUCUAAACUCAUUGUGUUAGCUGUGUAUUGUGAGCUCUUCUUUUACUGUGUCACUGGUUAUACACUUGUUAAAUGCUGAGAUAAUAGACUUCAUGCCAGGCAUUUGAGUACUGUAGAUUGGGUCAUUGCUGAAAGAUUAAUGUACUGUAUGACUUAAAUGAAAUUUUUAUUCUUGAUUUUAUUCUUGAUUUUGUUCUUGUUUUAAAAGAUUAAAUAUGGGCAUUAUGUCAGCGAGCUAAA